UCUUUCAGAAGGGGCACGUAGUUGACAAGUAUUCAGUGUAGAGUUAAAAUGGUUUCAGAGUUCCGAAAGAAGAAGUAUUUGACUAUUUUUGGCUAUUUUGACACUGAUAGCAAUGGAAAGAUCGAGAAGAAAGAUUUUGAAACGAUGGCAGAGUUGGUAGCAAAAUCGCCGGACGGUACAAUCAACGAAGUGAAGCACAAAGAAUAUCUUAAUGCACUUCUGGCGAUCUGGAGCGGUUUGCAGCAGGCGGACACCAACAAGGACGGACAUGUCUCCGCCGACGAGUGGGUGGCGCAAUGGGACGCGUACGCCAAGAAUCCUGCUGCCCCGCUGGAGUGGCAGAAAGUCUACUGCAAGUUUUCCUUCCAAAUCCUAGACACGGGCAACGAUGGCAGCAUAGACAGCGACGAGUUUGUAAAGGCCUACGAGUCUUGGGGAUUCAAGAAAGAUGACGCCGCUAAGAUUUUUGGGAAGCUGUCUCAAGGAAAGUCGACAUUGUCCUGGGCCGAGUUUCAGAAGCUGUGGCAGGAGUACUUUACCAGUGAGGACGCCAACGCACUCGGCAACCUAUUGUUUUCCUCUCCCUCGCCUUGAUUAAUCUCAGUUAAAUUUUGUUUCAGACAUCGAAUAAUUUUGCUUAUUAAAUUUGUGUAUAUUUUUGCGUUUAUUGUAUAAUAUUAUUCAUUAAAGAGAUGUACAAA